AUGAAGGAGGCUGUCUCUUGGGAGGCCCUACUAGAACUGGGAAACGCAAGUGGCAACUUUUCGCUAAUGAUGAGGGACCAGCUUCGGGGCCUGGAGUUGGAGAGACCAGACGGCAUGGCGGGGCAGUUCCCGAGCUCAGGCAUCCGCGGGAGUACUGGCACUGACGGCCCAGCUGGAGCGGUGGUGCGGAUCCUCCUCAGUGUGGUAUAUUCAGUGGUGUGUGCCUUGGGGCUGGUGGGCAACCUCCUGGUCCUGUACCUGAUGAAAAGCAAGCAGGGCUGGCGUAAGUCUUCCAUAAACCUCUUUGUCACCAGCCUGGCCUUGACCGACUUCCAGUUCGUGCUCACUCUGCCCUUCUGGGCUGUGGAGAACGCACUAGACUUCACCUGGCCCUUCGGCAAGGCCAUGUGCAAGAUCAUCGCUACUGUGACAGCUAUGAAUAUGUAUGCUAGCGUCUUCUUCCUCACGGCCAUGAGCGCAGCGCGCUACCACUCGGUGGCCUCUGCUCUCAAGAGCCGCCGGCCCCGAGGACGGGGUAGGGGAGGUGGCUGGAGGCGAAUCCUCCGGGUGGGCAGAGGCAGUGGUUGGUGCUUUUCAGCCAAGGCGCUCUGCGUGUUGAUUUGGCUCUUGGCGGUGGUGGCCUCUUUGCCCCAUGCCAUCUUCUCCACCACUGCCACGGUGAUGGAUGAGGAGCUCUGUUUGGUACGCUUCCCGGACAAGCCGAGGGUCGGGGACUCUCAGUUCUGGCUAGGGUUGUAUCACACACAGAAGGUGCUGCUGGGCUUCGUGCUGCCGCUAGGGGUGAUCAGCCUCUGCUACCUGCUACUAGUGCGCUUCAUCUCUGAACGUCCCGUCCGGGGAGGUGGAGGAGCGGGCGUUGAGCCUGGUACUGCGAGUGCUCCUGGAAAAGGAUGCGGCAGCGCUGCUGGAGCCAGCGCCAAGAGGCGUUCUAAGGUUACCAAGUCAGUAACUAUCGUCGUACUGUCGUUCUUCUUGUGUUGGCUGCCCAACCAGGCUCUGACUACCUGGGGUAUCCUAAUCAAGCUGAAUGUGGUCCAUUUCAGCCACGAGUACUUCUUAAGCCAGGUGUAUGUGUUCCCGGUGAGCGUGUGCCUAGCCCACUCCAACAGCUGCCUCAAUCCCAUCCUCUACUGUCUCAUGCGCCGAGAGUUUCGCAAGGCUCUUAAGAGCCUGCUCUGGCGCAUCGCCUCGCCCUCGCUCACUAGCAUGCGCCCCUUCACCGCCACUACUAAACCUGAGCCCGAGGAACAGGCCCUGCAGACCCUGGCUCCCCUGCAUGCUUCGGUGGAGCCCGACCUCCUCUACUGCCCACCCGGAGUUGUCGUCUACAACGGAGGGCGCUAUGACCUGCUACCCACUAGCUCAGGGGAGCAACGCUACUGA